AAGAACUGGCAGUGCAUAAAUUUAUUAUGUAAUAGAAAAUGUUUACUUUAAAGCCUUAAAGCUUUCAAAUUACCUAUAAAAACAGAUUACUGUUUCUGAUAGAAAGACUUCCAACCUUUCGAUAGAGAUCUAUAUUAUGAGAAGAUACUUGGGAAAGUCAUGUUUGAGCUUUAAUGAGAGGAAGACUUGCAGACCCAAUCUGUAUAUAUUUAUAUAUUUCUUGGCAAAACAUAGAGGGUUGGUCUGGCUUCUGAAUCAGAUUUAUUAAAUUCGGAUCUUGAUUGUGGAAAAAUAAUCUAUAAGUAGAAAGUCCUAAUUGGAAAUGUAUAUAAAUACAUGUUAAAAAAAAAAGAAGAAAAAAAGAAGAAAAACUUAUGAAUGUGGUUUGUUUGUUUUAAACAUGUAAUAUAGGGUUGUGUGAGUGUGUUGACUAAGCUGUUAAUUUGUCAAUUCUGUUAUCUGUUGGUUACCUGUGGGCAUAUAAGGAACAUGGUAGACAAGAAUCCUCAUUUCAUUAAAAUAUAUAAAUAUAUAUGAGUUCCAGUUAUAGCUUAUGAAAAAUCUAAAAUGCAGCACUGUUAAAGUCAUUUCGACAUAAAAUUUGGUGCCUUACAGGCAAGGAGAGAGCGAGUGCUGCCAUAAUAUUGGUCUAUGAAAUGAUACAAUGGAAUGGUGUUACACUUCAUUUGCACACCCGGAAUCAGAUCAUGGGUGCUGAGAAUUUAGUUGAUGUUUACACACUAAUCAUUCUGCGAGACAUUUAACUUCUGCUUUGGUCACACUCACAUUACAUCGAUGUGGGUUCGAGCCUCCCUCGGAGCAUUGAAUUCUUCAUGUGAGGAAGCCAUCCAGCUGGCUUACGGAAGGUCGGUGGUUCUACCCAGGUGCCCACUCGUGAUGAAAUAAUGCACGGAGGGGCACCUGGGGUCUUCCUUCACUAUUAAAGCUGGAAAGUCACCAUAUGACCUAUCAUGUGUCGGUGCGACGUUAAAUCCAACAAAAAAAAAAACACACAUUAUGUCUACCUACUACUUGGUGCCAGACAUGCACCAGGAAAUAGUGCUUCCCUAUUUCAUCCCCAUAGCACAAAAUUAUUCUGCAGGCAUAUAACCAUUUCAUUGUGGUCAGAUAAUAUUUAAACGUGAUUCUGCAAGAUAUUGUUUCUACCAAGCAAUUUUUUUUUUUGACUUGCCAUAUACUUGUAUUCCAGAAAAAAUAGGGGAGACUGUCCGUUUGUGCUAAAAUGAAAAAGGGGAAUUUUAUUAUGGAAACCUUUAAAUAUGUAUGAAAUUGGUAAGCAACAUGUUGGAAAGGGUAUUGUAUGUGUAUAUUAUAUGUGAAAAAGAAGAAACAUGAUUCGGGACCAAAGAGGUGACUGUGCCGUUUACAUUAUCUGCUAGUUAGGAAAACAGCUCCAUGCUUUUGAACAAUCUUCUUUCACAUUGCAAUGAAAUAAUCAGAAACAAGAAAAUUAAGUAAUAUAUAAGGGUUUGAUUUCAAUUUUUAGUAAAUACGGACAAUGAUUUAAUGUUUUUAUUUAAAAAAAAAAACAACAUCUCCAGAGCAGCAUGGCGACUAUUACAGGGAACCAGCAGUGAUUUGAUUUGUACACAAACAUUAAAUUUGUGGGGUAUGGUAGAUUUCAAGUGAAAUUGAUCAAAUGAUAAGAAAAAUUGAGGGAAACUUCUAACUGAUUUGUGAUUUUUAGUUGUGGGAAGGUAGUUUUAAUGCUACAGGUGUGGAGGAUUGAACUGUUGUGAGGUUACUGAAAGUUUAUUCGGUUUGGUUCGUGAGAUUUUGGGAUUUUUCCUACGAGGAUGGAAAUGGUUGUUUAUAAAUGAAUUGUUGACAAGGUCAUCCUUGGAGACCCAUAAACUUGAUCUAAUGGCAGAAAUUUCCAGUCUGAAAAUACGCCUCGCUACUGCAGAAAAUGAGCGACGAGAAUUAGAGGAAAGAUUAAAACAGUCGCAGAGACAGAUAACAGAUUUAGAGGCAAGACUUGCCCUUAAAGAUGCAGAAACUGCCGACUUACGACAGAAACUGGCACGCAAUGGUACAGUUGUCUCCGAUGUUAAUGUUACAGAAGACUGUAUGAUUGAACAGUGUCAAGGUGAGAAGGAAAGAACAUUAGACAGGCUAAGAAAGAAACAGUAUGAAGUAGAGAGAUUAAAGAAAGCCGUUGAUGCCUUAAUGACCUCAAAUGCUGAAAAGGACAAAAGACUGGAGGAAUUACGUAGAAUAUUACGACGUUACAAGAAAAUAGAGGAGCUGGUAGCACAAGCACAGGGACGUAAAAUGUUGGAUGAAAUUCUGGGAACAGAAGAUGACACCAGCUCAACAAGUUCAACAACACCUUCAGUGACCAACGAUACCACCAGAACCACUGAUACUGGACCCUACCAGAUGGAUGAUCAUAAAGGACUCACAAAUUACAGUAUCUCACCAAGUGCUACCAGUACACCAGUGAAUUCAUUCUCUGAACCACGAAGUAACUUGACCUCGCCACCCUCUACUAUAGCCUCAGUGAAACCAACACGACGGAUACAGAGAUCUAAUAGUGCGGAAGAAAUUACAAAAAAUAAUCACAAGACUCCCCCUGCUAAUAAGAGACACACAGAUGUAGUAAAACGGAACGGCAGUUAUGGUACGUUACCCAAGGAAAUGAUUGUCAGAAAUAAGGAAGAUGACCGCGAGCACCGCAGAUCACGCGGUUUCCCAUCCUUUGGGAGAGCCCUUCUACGAAUUAAAUCCACGAAACGCAGUUGUUCGGCCCCAAAUUUAGCCCAAGCUGAAGCAGUUACAGAUGAUGAAGAUCCGAAUUAUGUUGGACACUCGGCAGGCACAUACCACCCAGAGGUGAAGAAGAAAAAAGGUUUCUUACGAUUCUUUGGCAGGUUAAAACGGAGUGGUUCUCAAGAUUUCCAUGAGCGUGAAAGAACGGAUGAGUUUAAGCGAGGUGGUAUACGAGCAACUGCUACAGCACGUCUUGGCUGGUCCAAGGAUAUCAAGAGAGAGCAUGAUUUAAGCGUACCAUUCUCGCGCUGGGACAGGGAUCGUAUUGUGUCAUGGUUCAAUGAAAUUGGGCUCAACAUGUAUUUAGCAGAGUUACGAAGAUGGUGUCGUAAUGGGGAUCAACUUCUUAAAGCCUCACCCCAUGAACUGGAAAAGGAACUGAACAUACGGAAUCCGUUACACAGAAAGAAGUUACAGUUGGCAUUGCAGGCAAUGAGUUCAGGGAAUAUGACAAAGGCAGGAGAAUUAGAUCACACUUGGGUUAUGCGUUGGUUAGAUGAUAUCGGGUUGCCUCAGUACAAAGAUGCAUUCUUUGAUGCUAGAGUUGAUGGCAGAAUGUUACAUGCACUCACUGUGGAAGACUUGUUAUCAUUAAAAGUGAGCAAUGAGUUACAUCACAUCAGUAUAAAGCGUGGAAUACAGAUCUUACGGUUGAACAACUUCAGUCCAGCAUGUUUGAAGAGAAGACCUUCACCUGAUGAAGGCACAUUACAUAAUAUUCCUGGAGAUGUAGCCUUAUGGACAAAUCAUCGGGUGAUGGAAUGGUUAAGAACAAUAGAUCUCUCAGAAUAUGCUCCAAAUAUGCGAGGCAGUGGUGUUCAUGGUGCUCUUAUGGUAUUAGAAAGUAGGUUUAAUGCAGAGUUAUUUGCUGUAUUGUUGUCUAUUCCCCACAACAAGACGUUACUACGUCGUCAUCUGAAUACGCAUUUUGUGUCGCUGGUCGGCAACGAAAUACAAAUAAAAAAGAGAGAACAAGAAUCGUCCCAAGGAUAUGUACCGCUUGUGCCAAAUGCUAAAGUCAAGAAAGGAAAAUUUGGCCUGUUUGGUCAUAAGAGAAGUAAGUCUGAGACUGAAGCAGACGGUUUUAUCUGUCCCUUAGAUCUAGCUCUACCCCUCGACAAACUCAAAAUCAGUGCCUUACAAUACCAGGGAAAAGAGCAAGAUGCGAAGGCAGCGAAAGAAAUUGGUGCAUUCUCAAAAGAAAUUUCUACUCUUACAAAUCAGCUUGGUAAAGAGAGUUUCUUUGAUAGUGUUCCAUCUUCCAAUGUGUGAGAUCUUGUCAACAACAAUACCUACAAAAUUUAAAUCAAACACAUCAAAAACUGUAGAAUUUGAUUAGAAAAGUAGAACUGAGCAAAUUUUACAGACACAGAUAUCAAGCACACCAAAGUGAACAAAGCAUGUUUGAAAGUGACCACUAGAAUAGUAGAAAUGUUUUGCGGGUAUGUCUUCAAUACUUGCAAAAGUAGAAUGCGACAUUAUUGUGAAUGCAUACGUGUGACACAGAUGUAUGUGAAUAUAACAGUGGAGUGGUUUUAGAACCUGUUCUUGCUUUUCAUAAAGAACAUUAAAUCAUGUGUGCUAGUCGUUGAAUGUAGUAUAUUCCAUUUUCAAGCAAUUGAAUUAAAAUAGCUAUGCAUUGUUGAGUCUGUAUGAAAGAGCGAGAUCAAGAUUUUUUUUAAUGAUUACCUCCCUUGCUAUAGUAGCAAACGUUGAGUGGUCAGAAAAAAGGAUUAGCAAUAAAGAAAUUCUCUAAGGAAAUUGAUGGCUAAAAGACUAAAGAAAAUCCAGCAAGUUUUCAGAAUUCAUUCAACAGAAAUGAAAAGAGCGUUUUAGCCGUGCCAUGAGAAAUUGAACAUAGUGCAUUUGCAACUAGCAUGGAUCCAGACCAGUCUGCGCAUCCGCGCAGUCUGGUCAGGAUCCAUCCUGUUUGCUUUCAAACCCUAUUGCAAUUAGAGAAACUGUUAGCGAACUGCAUGGAUCCUGACCAGACUGUGCGGAUGCGCAGGCUGGUCUGGAUCCAUGCUGGUCGCAUAAGCACUAUGUUGGUUUUCUCAUGGUGUGGCUCAUUUUGGCUAAUAUAUCACAUCCCAGAAAUAUUUUCACUGAUUAGUGCUAUUGAAAGGAGAUACGGGAGUUUAAAGAUUUGCAUUAAUUAAUUAUAUGUCUGUUUUCUUGUGUUAUUUUCUAAAAAAAAACUUGUGCCUGUAGAAAAGACAGUAUGUGUUUUAGUCUGGUAAUUCCAUUCUUCCUUUUCUUAAAUUAAUGCCUGAAGAACAUAAAGCAAUUAUGUAACUUACACCAAAAAAAAAAAAAAAAAAAAAAAAAUGAAAAAAAGAACAUUUUAUUUCCAUUGCUAUUAUAAUUAACAUUACAAGUGAAACUCGUGCACUUACAGUCUGUUCUAGUUAUUUCAUGUUUAGCAGGAAAAGAAGGAUUGAUCAUAUAUCUCCUGGAAUUCCAGAACAAGUCUUGUCUUUCAACUCGGCAGAAUUAGUUUCACUUAUUAUAACUUGGGUGUAAUAACCAAGGGUGGCAAAUUCAAUUGUCCGUAUUGCCCAGAUUGUCCCAAAGCUUGUACGGACAAGUGAAAUUUGACCAGAAUUUACUAGAUAACUAUCAUACGGACAAGUAAAAAGUAGCAAUUGACAAAAACGGACGAGCAAGUCAGAAUUAGAUUUCGCCACCCCUGAACCGUAUAAAAAAUACAUAAGCCAAAAAUGAAACAGUGUUAUAUCUUUUAGAAUUUCGGCUUAAAAUGAAAAGGUUGAAUGUUGGCAUUAUUUAAAAUUUACCAGAACAGCACACAUACUUUUCUUUUAAACUUUGCCAAAUGCUGAUAACUUUGAACAAGAGUUGUGAUUUUUAUGAUCUUAUGUGAAUAUUGUCUAAUUGUAUAAUGUGUAUUAUAAAUUGUACAUACAUAAUUGCAUGCACUUAACAUGUUACAUUCAAAUCAUUGUAAUAUAGUUUCAUACGUUGUACAUAGUUGGAAUAUGUUUUAAAGUUUAUUUUUGCAUCAUGUAAAUACGAUAUAUCUGACAGAGUUGAUGAAAAUGUUGGAAUCUUGGUAAUUAUAUAACUUUCAUAAGGCUGAAAACAUGUUUCCCAAUUUCUGUGCCUUAAUUCAAACCACUGAUUUUUUUACCAACAUAACUUAUUUUUAAUUUUUUCAUGUAAAAAAAAAAAGAAUUUUUAAUGAAAAGUUCAUUAUCUUUUUAUUACCAACACAUUAUUAUUGUUAUUAUUAUUAUUAUUACAUUACUGAUAAGCUAACCUUUAGUCAAGAGUCAAAUUGAAAACUUCAUUGUUUUGAACUCUUUAAUAUAAUAACACACAUUGAAGUUAUGUAUCCAAUAUGAAGUUUACACAUUGGUAAAGAAAAAGAUUGUUAUCUCUGGUCCUAGUGUAUGUACAAAGAAAAAAUAUAAAUGAGCCUGAGGCUGGUCUGGAUCCAUGCUGGUCGCAAACCCACUAUGUUGGUUUUCUCAUGGCGCGGCUCAAAUGUAAUAAAAAAUCCCUGAAUAAUACCAUUAAGGCUGGAAAUUGGAAUCAGAACUUUGAAUUUGUGAUGUUUGAUACCUCGUUUAUUCAGGUAUUUUGUAAUGUAUUUCAAUGUCUUCUGUGGAUUUUUUUUAUGCAAACUAACUGAAAUUGUGUAGAGGCUAAAAUAGCAGUUAGUUUAAAAUUUAGGCAUAUAAUAUAUCCUAGAAAUAGCAUCUUCACAACGUAUUUUGUGAAGUUGCAUUGCUACAGGGCUUAAAAGUACUAAGUUAGUUUAUUGAAGUGUAAAGCAAUCUAAUAAAGCUGUAAAUUUUCACAUUGAGAUAUUUUCAUGAACGUAGUAUAGUUCAUGUAUGUAGAAAAAAUCUCAGCUUAACGUUAAUCUUAACCUUUAAGCAUUCGUAAUAACGCUGUCUGUAUACAUGUAAUAGGAUGCAGAAUUCAGCGUGUCAGCUUCAAAACUUUGGUUUUAAUUGUGAAAUACCAGACUGUUAAAUAUGCCAUCCUGAUAAGCUGCUGCUUUGUUGAAUAAUUUAAAAGAAGUGAGAAGUGUUUUCCCAGUCAGAUGUCUACAUUACUCUAGGGCAGUUAUAAAGUUGUAGCUUAAUAUGUUAGGGUUUUCUGUUUUAAUUUACCUUAACCAAGUUACAGUUAAAAAUGUGUUUGCCUUAUGAUUAUUAUAAAUUCAUAAUAGAUAUGUACGAAUAAAAUUUCAAACCAUCGCCACACACCAACCAUUUAAGAGACAGUUUCAAUAGAAAUCUAGUUAUUUAUUUACAGUUUCCUGAUUAAGACUAACAUGAUGUAUGAUAAAAUUUUCUUCUUUUGAGUUACUGUAGAUAUGGUAAUUUUCCGGUUUUAUUUCUCGAUAUUAUAGGCAACACACUUAUUGCUUUGUUAAGAACUUGCACAUCAUAGUUGUCGAUAUUUUGGAAGAUAAUGCUUCCUAAUAUUCACAAGAGUUUUGAAUUGGUGCGUUGCUGUGAUCACAAAUAUUAGAGAAAGUAAAACCUUCACAAAUAUUAGAGAAAAUAAAACCUUCACAGAUAUUAGAGAAAACAAAACCUUUACAAAUAUUAAAGAGAAAUCUUCAUGAAUAUUAGAGAAACAAAACCUUUAUUAAUAUUAGGGAAAACAAAACCUUCUCAAAUAUUAGAGAAAAUGGAACUUCAUGAAUAUUAGAGAAAAUAAACCUUCAUGAAUAUUAGAGAAAAUAAAACCUUCAUGAAAAUUAGAAAAAACAAAACCUUUAUGAAUAUUAGAGAAAACUAAACCUUCUCAAAUAUUAGAGAAAAUAAAACUUCAUGAAUAUUAGAGAAAAUAAAACCUUCAUGAAUAUUAGAGAAAAUAAAACCUUCAUGAAUAUUAGAGAAAACAAAACCUUCUCAAAUAUUAGAGAAAAUAAAACUUCAUGAGUAUUAGAGAAAAUAAAACCUUCACGAAUAUUAGAGAAAAUAAAACCUUCACGAAUAUUACCCAUUCUACAGAAGCAAGUCUGUGAUGAUAUCUGCCAAUUUUUCACUUGCCAAAAUCACUAAGCCUGUUUCUGGCAUCCUUAAUUUUGCCUGAUACAUUUUUAUAGCCCACCGUACUAUCUCAGAAAAGGGAAUAUUUUCCUACCAGCCCAGUACUUUCGGGUUUAAUCCUGCAGUGUAACAAGCACUGUAUUUUGUGAUGUUUUGGACUUUGUUAGUAAUUGAUCCAAUAUGCUACCCCUACUGAAUGGUGAAGUUUGAAACAUAGCAUUUAGAAGAGAUCUGUUAGUUUACUGUAAAAUGUUACGAAAGGCAAAAGUUGAGCCUAAAAAAUCCCCUUUUCUGUUAGUUUAUUAGCUCACCGGAGCCGAAGGCUCAUGGUGAGCUUUUGUGACCACUCAAUGUGCGUCUCCGUCGUGUGUCCGUCAACAUUUUCAAAAAAAAAAUCUUCUUCUUGAAAACCUCUGGGCAGAAUUACACCAAACUUCACAGGAAUGAUCCUUGAUUGGCCCCCUUUCAAAAUUGUUCAAAGAAUUGAAUUCCAUGCAGAACUCUGGUUGCCAUGGCAGUUGAAAGGAAAAACUUUAAAAAUCUUCUUGUCCAAAACCACAGGCUUUUUCCAAGACUGUUUGAUUAUAAUUACCUGAUGAUCCCAAGUAAUAUGAUGUCACUUGACUGUGACCUUGACCUGCUGACCUACUUUCUUGUUUUUUAAGAUACAGCCUUUAAAUUUGGAUGAUAUACACAGUUUUGCACACCGAUCGUAAAACUGAAUUUCAUUGACCAUGAAUGUUACCUACUGACUUUCUUAAUAUUUUAGCAUCAGUUUGACAUUUGAAACAUGUAGCUCAUAUUACUCAGGUGAGUGAUCCAGGGUCAUCCUGACCCUCUUGUUUAUUAAAUGUUGGACAGUGCCAAAAUAUCGCAAAUUAUGGUAUUCAUGUCUUUUUAAAUACUAAGUCUGUUGUAUUUUUGUCAUGUUUUAUUGUUUGAUUAACUGCUGGUAUGCCAUCAGAAAUAAUGUGGACAAAAGAUACUAUUCUUAGUCAUGCAAAUAAAACUGAUGUUUCUAAAGUGGGAAAUUGUCGAACAUUUUUCUAUGUUAACUCAUGAAUUUAAUACUUGGAAAAAGAUAUAACUUUCCUUCAAUAACAUUACAGGGUAUGCAAAUAAUUUUUGAAAACUUGGUUCAGUCUUUCCGUCCAAUGCAAGUUUGCCAAGGAUUUUAAGUGUAACAUAAUAGAUAACAUUGCAGAAUCAGUUUGGUGGAAAUGCCGGCUUUAAGUUGGCAGAAAAAGGGUGUAAUUCCAACUUUAAAGAUGUGGCUACAGCAACUCCUGAAUAUUGAGGAAAUAAAUCGCUUAAAAUAUAAUGAGAGUUGAUUGCAGAAUUGUUACUCAUGAAGGAAAAUAAAAGAAAGAGAUACAGUGAUUUUACAAUCGGCCCUCGAUACCGAUGAAACAGGACAGAUUAUAUUCCAGAUGCAUUGUAUCAGGUGAAUGUGUAUAGCUCAAAGUUUUGAGAAAGUGAUAUUCUUUUUUUGUAUAAAUUAUGUUGUGUUUUCUUUUAGAAUUUAUUUCCCCAAAUGAUUUUACAUUUAUUGAUUGUAUAUAGUAGAUGUUUUUUGUGUAUUUUGCCAAAAUUAGGUCAUAUUUUUAAUGAUUUAGUCAAAUAGUGAACCAUAAAGGCAGUUAUAAAGAUUUAAGAUGUCAAAAUAUUCAAUUCAACAUUUAACAAGGACGAGAGGAUUUAGUUUUGACAAAAAAAAAAAUUUAAGUGAAUUAUUGGGAGCUUUAUGUAAUUUUAAAACGUUUGCAAAUAUAGUACCCUCCAAAAGCCUGGAGAUAAAUGUGAAAUAGAUAGUAUGCCCCCAACAGAGUAUGAUAUGUCUUAAACAAAGAUACGUCCUUAGAAUUUUAACUGGUUUUGUUACAAAGAAACAGUAGAUAUUAUAUUUUAUGUUUAAAUGAUUUUGCAGUUAUUUCCAGUUUGUCUCCAGACUUUUGGAUGGCACUGUAUGAGGAAAAUUUAAAAGAAAUGCAUGUAGCUUCUAACCUUUGAAUGUAGAUGGUUUGAAAAAAUUUCCUGUUUCCUGAGUUUAUUAACCCAUAUCAUGCUGAACACCACUGAUUCUGCCUUUGCGACCAGUGUAGAUCUUGAGCAGCCUGCACAUCCGUGCAGUCUGACCAAGAUCUGCACUGUUUGCCAUUCAGUCAGUCUCUUUUUGGUAAGCACCCUUUUUAACAGUUAAUGGUACUGUCCAAAUUGAAAGAUUGACAAGUUCGUUACAGAAAUUCAGCAGGGUAAGGGUUAAAUGUCAUCUUGAUUACAUUGAGUAGUAUACUGUCUCUUCAGCACAGAUCUGUUGUAACUAUACAUACUAAGCUGAUACCAUAGUUUUGCAUUGUAGCAACAGUAUGAAAUUUUACUGAAUCAUAACUGUUACAAGUUGUUUUAUGACUAUGGUUUUAUCCAUGUAACAUGCACACAGCUUUAUUAUAAUGUAAAAUUGUUUUGAAUAUUUUCACAUCCACUUCUUUAUGGUCAUAAUGCCUAAAGCGUUCAGUAGAUGAGCCGUGCCAUGAGAAAACCAACAUAGUGGGUAUGCGACCAGCAUGGAUCCAGACCAGCCUGCGCAUUUGCGCAGUCUGGUCAGGAUCCAUGCUGUUCGCUAAUAGUUUCUCCAAUUCCAAUAGGCUUUAAAAGCGAACAGCAUGGAGCCUGACCAGACUGCGCGGAUGCGCAGGCUGGUCUGGAUCCAUGCUGGUCGCAUACCCACUAUGUUGGUUUUCCCAUGGCACGGCUCAGAUAAAAAUUGCACUUCUUAGAAAAUUGCACCUUAAAGACAUAGUAUUCAUGUAAUUAAUGUAUUUUAGAAAUCAAAACUUUUUAAGUAUUCUUUAAGUGUGCUUGCUUUCAGAUAAUGAUACAAAAAUAUUUUUUUCUGUACAUUUCCAUAAAGUACUAUAGACAAUAAUGUGGGCUGGAAGAUUUUUUUUUUUUGUUUCAAAAUUUCUAGAAUUUCAUUUAAACCAUCCUACCUUCUAAUUUUUAACAACGAAUGUUUUGAUGUCUUACGUUGGUGUAUUGUACAUCUUUUUCAACAUCGUAUGUGAUUGGAACCAUUUUGAUUUUCAGUUUUUCUGAAUGGCACAUGUUGAAUGAUCACAUUGUUUGAUUUUGUUCAUUUGUUAGUGCUGUAAAAGAACUUUUACCCUUCCCAACAAGGCAUGUUAAAGCUCAAAGAUUAAGAAAGACUGAUGAAACAAGGAAACUAGAGCCAUUUUGUUUCUGGAGGGGAAAAAACCAGGCAGUUUUGUUUUUUUUUUUUUAAAAGAAAAAAAUUUAGCAGUCUUGCAUUAAAUUUUCAAUGUUUUACGUAUAUAAUAUGCAGUUGGUUUAAGAAUUACUUUUUUCAGAAUAUAGCAUUUACAUUAUACAGACAUAUUUGUUAAAAUAAUCUUGGAAUAGAGUAGUAAGCUUUAAGCUUCUUGCCUAUGCACUUAUUUAUGUUGAAAGUAAAAUGACUGUGUAACUUUCGCAAAAGGUAUAAAAAAUGCUACUUACUGUAUUUCAUAUCUUGGUAUAUACACUAAAGAAAAUGUAUUUCAUUAAAUAGCAUUAACAAGGAAAACUGCUAACCAGUCUGUAUCGUUUUUAGCUCACCUGUCACAAACUGACAAGGUGAGCUUUUGUGAUUGCGCAGCGUCCAUCGUCCGUCCAUCCGUGUGUAAACUUUUGCUUGUGACCACUUUAGAGGUCACAUUUUUCAUGAGAUCUUUAUGAAAGUUGGUCAGAAUGUUCGUCUUGAUGAUAUCUAGGUCAAGUUCGAAACUGGGUCAUGUGCGGUCCAAAACUAGAUCAGUAGGUCUAAAAAUAGAGAAUCCUUGUGACCUCCCUAGAGGCCAUAUUUUUCAAUGGAGCUUCAUGAAAAUUGGUGAGAAUGUUCAACUUGAUGAUAUCUAGGUCAAGUUCGAAACUGGGUCACGUGCGGUCCAAAACUAGGUCAGUAAGUCUAAAAAUAGAAAAUCCUUGUGACCUCUCUAGAGGCCAUAUUUUUCAAUGGAUCUUCAUGAGAAUUGGUCAGAAUGGUCACCUUGAUGAUAUCUAGUUCAAGUUCGAAACUUGGUCACGUGCCAUCAAAAACUAGGUCAUUAGGUCAGAUAAUAGAAAAACCUUGUGACAUCUCUAGAGGCCAUACUUUUCAUGGGAUCUGUAUGAAAGUUGGUCUGAAUAUUCAUCUUGAUGAUAUCUAGGUCAGUUUUAAAACUGGGUCAACUGCGAUCAAAAACUAGGUCAGUAGGUCUAAAAAUUGAAAACCUUGUGACCUCCCUAGAGGCCAUAUUUUUUCAAUGGAUCUUCAUGAAAAUUGGUCAGAAUGUUCACCUUGAUGAUAUUAGGUCAAGUUCAAAACUGUGGUCAAAAACUAGGUCAGUAGGUCUAAAAAUAGAAAGACCUUGUGACAUCCCUAGAGGCCAUAUUUUUCAAUGGAUCUUAAUGAAAAUUGGUCAGAAUGUUCACUUUGAUGAUAUCUAGUUCAAGUUCGAAACUGGGUCAUGUGCCGUCAAAAACUAGGUCAAUAGGUCAAACAAUAGAAAAACCUUGUGACCUCUCUAGAGGCGAUAUUUUUCAUGGGAUCAGUAUGAAAGUUGGUCUGAAUAUUCAUCUUGAUGAUAUCUAGGUCAGGUUCGAAACUGGGUCAACUUCGGUAAAAGACUAGGUCAGUAGGUCUACGUCAUCCGUGUGUAAACUUUUGCUUGUGACCACUCUAGUUUAAGAUCCAGCCUUGAAAUUUGGAUGACAUGUACAGUUUUGCACACCAAUCUUUAAACUGUCUUUCAGUGACCAUAAUUGUGACCUCCUGAUCUACUUUCUAAUAUUAUAGCAUCCGUUUGCCAUUUGAAACAUGUGGUUCAAUAUACUCAGGAGAGCGAUACAGGGUCAUCAUGAUCCUCUUGUUUCUACAACUUUUUUACACUAACUAGAAGUGCAAUCUCAUCAAUUUGUAUGUAACAUUUAAUGCUACUCAAUCACAGAUUUAGUGACAUUUUUCAGUUUUACUCUUAUACUCACAGGUUGACAUAAAAGUGUAUCUUAAGCCUUACCAUGCUGGACAUGAUUGAUUCUGCCUUUGCGACCAGGUAGAUCAUGAUCUGCACUGUUGGCCAUUCAGUCAGUAUCUUUUAUUGGUAUGCACCCCUUUUGACAGAUAAUGGUACUGUCCAAACUGAAAGAUUGACAAUUCAUUAUAGAAAUUCAGCAGGAUAAGGGUCAAGUACAUCAGGAGAUGUAAAUACCCUUGCAAAAUAUUGAUUUUAGUGUUAAAAUGUUUUUAACCUUUUUAAAGGCACAUGCUUGUAUAAUAAAGAAAUAUGUAGAAAAAUCUAUGUAACAAUUUUUAUCUUAAAAAAAAAAAAGCUAUUUAAAAUGGAGAUAAUUUCAUUUCACAAUAUAUCUGUGAAUGGGUGGCUUUAAAGCUGAAAACUUGUCAGGAGGAUAUGAAUAAAUUAUUUUACAAUGCA